CUCCUUCUCGCUCCUGGACCGCUCACUACAUCUUGCGCCUCUACUUAACCCAUUGCCGCUUGUACAGUAUCCUCUCCCUGUUCAAGCUUCUCUCGUGUACCUACAGCUUUCAAAUAAAAAAGAUCAUGGAGGUGAAAGUGCACAAAGACCGUACGAAAUAUACAUCUUGUAUGCAGAACCGUGUCUGGUCCGCUUUCUGCGUCUCUGCGUCGCCUGAGGGCAGGGGCCUCGCAGUCAAUUUCGUACAGCAUUGAUACCAGCUCCCAACACGCAGUUUCCAUUUUCCAAUAUGAGCCUAUCACUGGCCGACUCUGCAUUGACUCCUUUCCGCUACCGACCCAUGUCUGGGAAUAAAGCCGAUAUCCUUUUUGAACGCAAAGCACAUGCAUUCGGUUCCAAGGAGGAAGAAGAGAAGUAUGGUAGUCAUUGGAGAGAAAUCUGUCAGAGAUUGUGCUACUGCAUCGAAAGCGACAACGUUUAACAACCCAAAGGGCCCUCGACGCAAAGUUGGAGGUGAACACAUCUCUGGAUCAGGAUUCAUGGAUAUGGCUAUUGUGCCACAGGUCAGGCGAUCAAUAAACAUUUUGGUUUUUCACGCAGCUUACCGGGUGCACGCGCUCCACGGGAUGGCUUGUCUCGCCCUUCACAAUCGAGAUUGGACACCUCGGACCAAGGUUCGAAGACAACUGGAGCGUCGAGUGUUAAGGUCGCAACCUCUUAAUCUCCUGGAUCGAGGCUUUUCAUCAGAGCAAUCGAGACUUGGGCCGGAUUAAUCCAAUUUGUCGAUGCGUAAAGGAUUAGACUGCCAACAUUACGGAGGUUAGGUUUUCUUCUCACUGAGGUUUCAUUCUGCAGCCGACUGGCUCGUCUU